CGGAAAACAAGUUCAUCAAGAGGACGGUUCAUGCAUGCUUAAGCGCAAUUGGUGACAUUUUACAGUGUAAAAAAAAAUUGAAAGCGUGGCGAAUCAGAGAUAGACGCAUUUACAGGUGGAGACACAGAAGAGCCAUCGGUGUCCUUUUCAUCAAUACACCCUGAAAUCCUAGAAGAGGGCCUGCAGUCACUCCUGGAUGGACUAGAAGGACUACAGCCAUCAUUCAAACAGGAACCAAAGAGAAAAGUUGCGCUCUCAAUCCAUGCAAGCUUUCCUGAGAAGACGCGCAGCGCGUAAAACGCACGAAAAGGGAAGCAGGACAAGAAGAGGUUAAUAAAAAGUCAGAAAAAGAAAAUACAAGACAACUUCUUGGACUUCUCAGAGCUGAAUUGAACAAAGCGUUCUCCCAUGAGGCUGGAAGGUGCCAGAAUGGACUUGAUCAAAAAAAUAUGGACGGCUCGGAAACUCAUUCUCGUGGUGAUGAUUCCUUUAUCGCUGCUGCCUCUGCCUCUCAUCCACCCGUGCAGUGAAUCAUCGUGUGCGUAUGUCCUGAUCGUGACAGCGGUGUACUGGGUAUCUGAAGCCGUGCCGCUGGGAGCCGCUGCGCUCGUCCCGGCCUUCCUCUACCCGCUGUUCGGGGUCCUCAAGUCCAGUGAGGUGGCCUCUGAGUAUUUUAAGGACACCACGCUGCUGCUGAUGGGGGUGAUCUGUCUGGCCGCCUCCAUUGAGAAGUGGAACCUGCAUAAACGCAUCGCUCUGCGGAUGGUCAUGAUCGCCGGGGCCAAACCUGGCAUGCUGGUGUUGGGCUUCAUGUGCUGCACGGUGUUUCUCUCCAUGUGGCUGAGCAACACGUCCACCACGGCCAUGGUGAUGCCCAUCGCUGAAGCCGUGCUGCAGCAGCUCAUCUGCACCGGCAUCGCUGACUCCCUCGAAGACUCGCUGACCGUAGACACGCAGGACGAGGAGAGCGACAAAGAGGAAAGCCAAGAGUCAAGCAAGAAUCAACUUGAGCUGCUGGACCGCAAACUCAAUGAAAAACAUCAAGUCCGUAUAUUGAGUGAGGAGUUGAAUGGUCUGACAUUAAAGCCUGGUUUCGGUCCAGAGUUUUAUAAAGAAUCAAACGGAUAUCUGCCCGAGGCUCCAAUCAGCAUCCCUGCGCCGCCAAGGAAACCCAAGAUCCGGCGGGAUUCGCUGUACCCCACCAAUAGAGACCACAUGAUCUGCAAGUGCCUGUCUCUGAGCAUCACGUACGCAGCCACCAUCGGCGGCCUCAUCACCAUCACCGGCACCUCCACCAACCUCAUCUUCGCCGAGCAAUUCAACAAUCGUUACCCAGAAGCGAAAGUCAUCAACUUUGGCACGUGGUUCAUCUUCAGUCUGCCGAUCGCUCUGAUCAUGCUGAUGCUCACCUGGAUCUGGCUGCACUGUCUCUUUCUGGGAUGCAAUUUCAGAGACACUUGCUCUCUCAGCAAGAAACGCAAAACCAGGCGAGAAAUCCUGUCCGAGAAGCGCAUUCAUGAGGAGUACCAGAAACUCGGCCCCAUCAGCUAUCCUGAAGUCGUGACGGGCAUCUUCUUCAUUCUGAUGACUGUACUUUGGUUCACCAGGGAGCCGGGAUUCGUCCCCGGCUGGACGUUGCUGUUUGAGAAGAAAGGCUACAGGACUGAUGCCACGGUGUCUGUGCUGCUGGGAUUCCUCCUCUUCCUCAUCCCGGCUCGAAAGCCCUGGCCAUCUGCGUUCUCCAGCGAGAGCAAAGGUGAUGAUGACGAUGAGGAGGAAGAGGAUCCUCUGGCCCCCAUGAUCACGUGGAAAGACUUCCAGAGACUGAUGCCGUGGGAGAUUGUUAUUCUGGUGGGAGGAGGAUACGCACUGGCUGCUGGAUGCAAGGAGGUGUUAUUGUUAUUAUUGUCUCCUGUCCCUCAGUCCGAGACGCUGCACAUCAACCCUCUGCACACACUCAUCCCCGCCACCAUGUGUGUGUCCUUCGGCGUCAUGCUGCCGGUCGGAAACCCGCCGAACGCCAUCGUGUUCAGCUACGGACACGUGCAGAUCAGCGACAUGGUGAAGGCCGGUUUUGGAGUGAAUCUGAUCGGGGUUUUUGUGGUGAUGUUGGCCAUCAUGACGUGGGGCGAGCCGCUCUUCCACCUGAGCGAGUUUCCCACCUGGGCUCUGAUGCCGAACGUCACGGGCAGCUUGUAGCUGUGUUUGAUCGAGGACAUGGCACAUACACUGAAGCAGGCACAUAUACGUGAUUAAGGCCUUAUUUUUUAUAUCCGUGGAGUAAGAGGACGUCCGUCGGAGGAUGCAGAACUGCUCACUGGGACUGAAUGAACUGUGCGAUCGCUGGAAACCAUUCUAUAUAGCAAAGCAUUAGAUGCAGAUUAACAGCUCUCCAAGUUUACGUGCCUACAAAACACAAUCAGCGAUGUUUGUGUGAAAACACAGACUGCUUUAUUUUCUGACGUCUAACAAAUGCCGCGAUGCAUUUGCGUUAUUUCCUUCAGAGGUUUGUGCAUCAGAUGAAGUCGCUGCUGAAAUCACGCAUAGUAUCUAACAUGCUCUUAGCAAACGUUACAUAGCUCAUGUGGUCUGGUUAUGGAAGAUAGUUUCAAACGUUACACACAAAUC